AUGGCCGAGGGGCUGCAGAGAUUGCCGCCGCCGCUUCAUAUACAGACGACCGGAGGGGGAAAUACCAAAAGCAGCAAUCCGAGCCCCUCGAUAUCGGCGACGAAUUCUCCAACGGCAUCAUCAGUGACAACAACAGCUUCGACCACCACAGCCUCGGGUCACAUCAAGAAGCGGACGAGAGCGAGCAGACCAAAAGUCAGGACCGGUUGCAUCACCUGUAAUGACGAGACACAGCAAGAAAAAGAUUCUGACCGUGAUGGUAACAGGAUCCGUCGGGUGAAGUGUGGAGAGGAGAAGCCAGCUUGUCUUCGGUGCACGUCGACGGGGAGGACGUGUGAUGGCUACGACAAGGGUUCCAGCUCGGCCUACGCCCGCUACCGGUCCUCGCCUGCCGACCCAACACGCACUGCCGAGCUGGCCAAGGUGGAAUUCGUAAAGGCGUGUCAAUGGAGCGAGGCGUUGCGGUCGAUGCGCCGGAUUGCGCCGGCUGACAUUGACGGGACCGACACGGAAAAACGCUUCUUUGGCCGGUUUCGUUCCAACUCUUCCACGUGGUUUGACCCGAGCAUGCCGCAGCACCUGUCUCAUUAUACCGUGUUCUGGAACAAGGUGAUAUCGCCAUCGACGAAUUGCUGUCAGGAUGAGGCGGUCAAGCACGCCGUGGUGGCCCUCGGGGCGGCUCACACGUUGCUUCAGUUUCCAGACCAAAAGGUCCUCGACGGCUUCACCCGCGACGCACUGGAGGUGUUUGUUAUUCAGCAGUACAACAAAUCCAUCGCAAAGCUGCAACGACAUGUCGGUUCGACGGGUCCGGAUUCGGUCAGGAUUACACUCAUCUGCUGUCUGGCGUUUAUAUUUCUCGAAACCGUCAGGUCGAAGCACUCGGUGGCCGUGACUCACCUUGUCAAUGGUCUUCGAAUAUUACAGAGCAUGCCGUUUAAUGUCUUCGACUGCCUAUCCGACACAUCAAUAUUUGUGUGGCCACCACUGGGCACGAGUCAUCAGAGAGACGGAUUGGAAAUGCCCGACAUCAUUCGGUUAUUUGCCCGGCUAGAAGUCACGUCGUGUUUCUUUACGACAGCUAUCCACCCGGUCGUUUCGGAGAAGUCGUACGUCUCGAGGGUAUACGACGACGGCGCGAGCCUACAGACGGCCGAGGGGCCAACAGUGAUAUCAGACACGAAGGAGGCCAGAAAACUAAUGGCCACCUUCCAACACGACACCAUGGCCUUUUUGCACAAGCUCUCCGCCUCGACCAUCCGACCCGAAGGUCGCCAAUCAGCCUGCCUCCGAGCCAGAGCAAAACGUCUCGGCCCUAUCAUCUCCGAGUUCUUCGCCCGAUUCGGCUCCAUCGCGCCCAACACACCAGACCUGUACAUUCUUCUUCUUGACCUCCUCUACUUCAAAACAGCCUUGUUUCUGGUGUCGAGGAUACCAUCUCUCCCGCCAAAACGACCACCCAUGUUCCCACCCUCUCUGGCGCUCAACCCCUUCUUAAUCAGCUACACCCCUCCCACCCCCCUACCCGCUGCUCCCUCCCCUCGCACCUCGCACCCAAAUUUAAGUCUGAGCUCCCUCCAGCAAGGGAUAAUCGAAGCCGACGACGAGGAAGGGGAUGCAGAGCAGGAAAUGGAAUGGGAAUCUCUCUUACAUGACAUGCUCUCCUUGGCACGCAGCUUGACAACUAGCCCGAUAGGUCAAAAAAUGCGCCCCUGGUCCCGGUCUACCACGGUCACCAUGACCAGCAAACACCAAAGUCCAUCAACUCACUCCUCCUCCUCCCAAGUCAAGAUAUCAGUCCCCGUCCCCGGGGCACCAAUACCCGCCCCCGCCCCCGCCCCCGCCCCUGCCCCUGCCCCUGUGAUCACCACCAUCAAGAAAGAACCCUCACCCCCGGCGGCGGUGUUAUCAUCAGUAGCACCGACAACAACAGCAGCGCAGGAUUCGACCAACAACAGCAAC